AUGUCGAAAUUAUGUUCGGAAGUGGAUGGCUUCGACUUGGCCGUGCUCCAGCAUGUUCUCUGCUGCGCACAGCAGCCGAGGGAUUUGCUGGAAGAAGUCCGCGCAGCCCUGAAGCCAGGUGGUCAGCUGGUUUUCGUUGAGCAUGUCUUGGCCGACCGUGCCAAAAUGCCCUAUCUCCUGGCAGCUCAAGUCGCCUUUCGCCCUGUGCAGCUGGCCUUAUGCAACGGCUGCGAUCCGUGCCGCGACAGCGAGCGGCUUUUUGAAAGCCAAGUCUUCGAGGAGGUGAAGCUGAAGCGCUUCAGCUUGCCGGUGCUCGGAGUUCCUAUACCGCACAUCAAAGGCGUCGCCUUGAAAAGUGAAGCUGACCUCACCAAGACAUGGCGUGGGCCGUUGACUGUCGAAGAGUUUCUUUGA